GGCUGCGUGUAGCAAUGGUUUGGUGUGAAUUAAUGCAUGCGAUGUGCAGCUCGUCAAACCGGAAAUAAACGUGCAUUGAAUAUGUCGUAGUUGCGAAUAAACAAAAAAAAAACCAAAAGUUGAAAGAAUUUCAAUAAAAACGUAGUGUAUGAAAUGUGGAAAAUGUAAAAAUUCCGCCAAAUAGCGAGAAUUGUAACAUGUAAAAUGGUGGGAAGUGACAUAUCAUGAAUCUGCAACAAAAAAAAAAUGCAGCUGUUUAACACACACACAUUAAACAAGUUUGUAUUUUGCAAAACAAUUUAUGCGUCCUGAAACUCAAAACUCAAAAUUGUUGCUGUUGCGAAUAUGGAUGUAUAUUCAACAAAAAAUUGCGUGCAUAAAAUACAAAUAAUGCCAUAGAAAAUGUAAAAUUUUAACAAUAACGGCUUGAAACCUUAUUCUACUUCAACAAUCAUCGGUAAACUGGUUUGUUUAAAUGAAAUUGGUGAAUUUCAUCAUAACAUUGAUUAUGUCAUGCAAAUUGUUGUAUUGAAUUAGUGAUUGCUGGUACACAAUGUUAGAAACUGCGAAACAAAUUUAUGCAGAAAUAUUUAUUUUACAGCUCAUUCAAUAUUUGCAGGUGACUAAAGCACAGCAAAACGCUACCAAUAAAGCCCCAAAAGCAAAAGUGUGUUACGACAAAUCAAAUGUCUUAGUCACAUAUUAACAAAUAUUUACACAUGCAAAUUAUUCAAUGACGCUGCAGCAGCAAAAAAUAAAGUGAACGAAAGAAUCAAUAACAAAAAUUUUCAACUUUUGCAAAAAUUCAAACAUUAAAUAAUUGACAAAAAACGAUUAAGCUUUUGAUAUGACAAGCAAACGCAUAUAAAAUCCAAAUAAAAUUCGGUGUUAAAGCAACAAAAAAAAAGCUACUCUUUUGUGCUACAAGUGCUCAGAAAAUUGUGCAACUCUAAUAAUUUGAUUAGACAAGUUUUGAAAACUCUCCAACAUCACUUACUCGGAUACGCUUUGGAAUACUCAAUUAUAUUCAGUACUUUGUUCAAAUCAUCCGAAAUUACUGCAAUAAAAUGUUGGCUGUCAAAAAUUUCUUCUUACCCGAGCGCACUACAACGGCCGCUAAGCCGCCCGAAACACCGCAACGUUUCUCACGAAUGCCAGAAGCUUUUCUACGCUCCAUACGACGGCGUUCAUUGCGUGUAAAACGCGCCAAAAGUUUGGUGGUACCCGAUCGCGAGAAGCGGAAAUCAGACUCCUUUGUCAACAGUCAAGAAUGGACGAUCUCACGUUCAGUACCCGAUUUGCGUUUGGGCAUUGUCGGUUCACUGAACUCUGGCAAAUCAGCUUUAGUGCAUCGAUAUUUAACUGGUUCCUAUAUGCAAGAGGAGUCGCCUGAGGGCGGUCGCUUUAAGAAGGAGGUAUUCAUAGAUGGCCAAAGUUAUUUAUUAUUGAUACGUGAUGAAGGUGGACCGCCAGAAAUGCAGUUUGCCGCUUGGGUUGAUGCCGUAAUUUUUGUCUUUAGUCUUGAGAACGAAAGCAGCUUCAAUACAAUCUACAACUACUACAAUAAAAUGGCGCAUUUUCGCAAUGGUCAGGAUUUACCAAUGAUUUUAGUUGGCACUCAAGAUGCCAUUAGUGAGCGCAAUCCACGUGUGAUCGAUGAUUCGCGCGCGAGAAAAUUAGCAAAUGAUCUGAAACGUUGUUCAUACUAUGAAACGUGUGCGACGUAUGGUCUUAAUGUAGAACGUGUUUUUCAAGAUGCUUGUCAAAAGAUCCUCCAGCAGCGCAUUCCCCUACCCCCCACCGUAAAUUCCCGACCCACAACGCCGCAGGGUACACGCCUCGGCAUCGCUUCCUAUCAUCAUAACUCGACUAAUCAUGGCGGCGUCAAUGCGAAUGGCUUCUCGGCCUCCACCUCAUCGGUGCAAGGCGCCGUCUCCACCAGCAAUCUAACGCUGCCGCACCGCCAUCACGCGCUGUCCACUUCGUCACAUCACAUACCAAUGCGCAUGAGCGCCGAUUUUGUGCAUAGCGAGCAGCAACAGCACAGCUUGCCACCUAAUCAGAAAGCGUGGCAGCAACAACAGCAAAAGGAGCAGCAACAACGUGAUCGUGAGCUUUCAGUGCACACAAACGAGAACAACAAUAUAACCAAAUUUACACCAACACAUCAGCAGCAACAACAACAGCAUUCUCAGCAACAAUCACAUCACCAAGCAGCUGAAAGUUUGCCGCCAUUAAGUUUGGUGCCACUGCGUGAGAAUAAGGAUAAUGGCAGUAGUGGUGGUGGUGGUGGUGGCAGCGGCGGCGGCGGUGGUGGUGGUGGUGGUAAGGAUCUGCCGACACCCACAUCUACGCCCACUACAAGUCGCAAAAGUCGACGGCGUUCAAAUCUCUUCAUACCCUCCUCCUCGAAGAAGGGCGAGAAAGAUUUGAAGAAUGGCGAAUUGGGUAGCGGACGAUCCAUACCAAUCAAACAGGGUUACCUGUACAAACGCUCCAGCAAAUCGCUGAACAAGGAGUGGAAAAAGAAAUAUGUAACGCUCUGCGACGACGGUCGGCUCACAUAUCACCCGUCGCUACACGAUUAUAUGGACGAUGUGCAUGGCAAGGAAAUACCACUGCAAUAUGUAACUGUGAAGGUGCCGGGUCAAAAACCGCGCGGUUCUAAAUCGAUCAUCACCAAUAGCGCGCUUACAACAUCAAUGCAUGCGAAUGGUCGUAGUCAUGGGCAAAAUGGACUAAGCGAAGGCAUUGGUUGUCUAUCGAUUGUCAAAGAUAACAAGGAGAAGAAGCUAACGGAAAAAGUACUGCUCACAGCCUUCGAUACGCUACGCGAGCCAGUCAAAUCGAACUCUUCGCAGCAGACCAGUGGCGAUGAGGGCAUCGCCAUGUCCAACUCCAAUUCACAGACAUUUAUCGCUGGCAGUGAUAGCCAGCAACAUUUGCAGCAGCAACAACGUGAAUUACUCGCCGUUAAUGCUGCCAACAAAUUAGAAUCUCAGACACCAAAUGUCAAGAAACGUCAUCGUCGCAUGAAGAGCAGCAGUGUGAAAUCGAAUGAAGUAGACGAUUCAGAUAUUUAUGAAUUUUUCAUUGUAUCUUUGGAUUCGAAACAGUGGCACUUUGAGGCAGCAAGCUCUGAGGAUCGUGACGACUGGGUAGCUGCUAUCGAGCAGGAGAUCUUCAAGAGUCUUCAGGGAAUUGAAAGUACGAAAACUAAACCGGCGACCACAAGCGAGCUGGCCUCAAUGGUUGCGAUACGUACGCGCGUGCCAGGCAAUGGCUAUUGUGUCGACUGCGAUGCGCCGAAUCCUGAAUGGGCUAGUCUAAAUCUGGGUGUGCUAAUGUGCAUCGAAUGUUCUGGCAUUCAUCGCAACUUGGGUUCACACAUUUCCAAAGUGCGUUCGCUGGGCUUAGAUGAUUGGCCUGCCGGUCACCUUAGUGUAAUGCUAGCUAUAGGCAAUAGUCUAGCCAAUUCAGUGUGGGAAGCAAACACACGCCAACGCAGCAAACCAAAGCAUAAUUCUACACGCGAAGAAAAGGAAGCGUGGAUACGCAGCAAAUAUGAGGCUAAAGAGUUUCUAGCACAGUGCAAUGCGAAUACAAAUACGACGCCGGGACAGCAAUUAAUUGAGGCGGUGAUCAGAUCGGACAUUAAGUCAAUUGUCCUAAUACUCGCCACCGCCAACAGUGAAGUGACCAAUGCCAAUGUAAGUCCACGUGAUGUGCGAACACCAUUGUUACUGGCUUGUGCCAUAGGAAAUUUGGCCAUAGCGCAAUUGCUGAUUUGGAAUGGCGCCAACAUCAAGCAUACCGACCAUGAGGGUCGCACCUGUCUGGCAUAUGCGCGCGCCGCACAAUCAUUAGCCACCGCCAAAUCGUUAAAAGCCGCCGCAGCAGCAGCGGCCGCCGCCGCGAAUACUGCAAAUGGCUGCCAUACGAAUACCAAUUCUAGCACCGCAAGCAAUACGAGUUCCUGCUCAUCAACCGCAUCCAAUACAGCGACGACUACAACGACCAGCAAUGCGACAAAUAGCGCUGCGACUAGUGGAGCAGCAGCGGCGGGAGCAGCAACAGCUACAAAUGGGGGCAUACCGGCGCCGCAAUAUAGUGUCGAAGAGACGACAGCACUGGUAGAGCUGCUGACAAGUUUGGGUUGUCCAGAGUCGGCGCCGCUGACGGCGAGUGGCACGCUACCAAGACGACGCGAUACACUUGGCACGCCCUAUGAGAAGACCGUAUCGGGUGUCAUAUAAAUUGGGAAGCAGCUGAUGCAUGGUAGUAGAAAAACAACGCAAAUUGUGCGCUUGCGAUUUAUAUUAAGUUCAGAGUCUAAGAGCUGUUCAACAGUCGAGAGUAUAGGAAGGAGAAAGUGCAGUAGUGGCUCAAAAUGGGCCACAAAAUGCGAGCGUAGUUGUACUUGUAGUUAUAUAUAGAUACAUAUAUACAUACUUAUGUGUGCGUCUGUCUAAGAUAGGAAGUAUUAUCAAUAACUUGUAUGUAGCAUUCAUAUAGAAAGUGUCGUCUAAGUAGAGCAGCAAAAUCGAUUUUUUAAAAGAUUUUUAAUUAGCAGCAAAUUAUAUUUUUCAUAUUUUAUUUCACAUUUUAAAACUAUGUGUUUAGGUAAAACCAAAAAGUGUGUGUAAUUUAAUUUAAUAGAGACAAACAUAGUUUUGCAUAAGCUUGCGAUGUAUGUAUGUACAUAUGUGCUCAGAAAGCUUUCAAUUAAUAAUUAUUAAAUUACUUUAUAAGCUCACAUCCGCUGUCAAAAUGUAUUACAUAUGUAAAUUGAAAAGUAUGUCUAAUUAAAUAAGUUGAAAGAAAUGCAUACAGAAAGCUUGUGAGCCUGUUUCUUUAUUAACAUACAGCUAUGCAGUUAAUUUUAAUAUUUUAUACUCGUCAAGAGUACGUAAAAUUCAACAUACUUAGUAUAAGAAAUAAAGUUAGAUGUUUGGUUUAGUCAAGCAAGAAGAGAAUAAACCCCUUAAAUGGAUAGCUAUUGCUGCACCUCAAUUUAUA